CAGCAACAUAUUCACAUUAUGGGACGCACACGCUGAGUUUGGCAGGCAUGGUAGUGAAUUUCUGCACUAUAGGGGCGGGAUAGUGGAUUGAAGCAUUACUCCGUAUCCUUUUGGUUUACCAGUCCGGCUUGCUUAAUUAUAUUCAUGCGUGUAUACUCAGUAAAAAGCGUAAAAGUUGAAUUACUUCGAAUAGACUUUUUUUCUUUCUGCCUUUAGAAAUUUCGAUAACAUCUACAAGGCUCAACCCACCACAAGCAUAACAAAUCGCAAAAACAGAAUCGUGUUAACCAAGUUAUCGCACUUGCGUCGAUACUGUGCGAAAGUUUCGCUGUUUUUAUUAAAAUUUCAAUUUUUUUUUAUAAUUAGUUGUAUAAAAGUUAAAAAAUGUCUGACGGUGAUGAUGAUUUCAUGUGUGAAGAAGAAGAAGAUUACGGUUUGGAAUACUCAGAAGACUCUAAUUCAGAACCUGAUGUUGAUUUAGAAAAUCAAUAUUAUAAUAGUAAAGCACUGAAAGAGGAUGAUCCUAAGGCAGCCCUACAAAGUUUUCAAAAAGUUUUGGACUUGGAAGGUGGAGACAAAGGAGAAUGGGGGUUCAAAGCUCUCAAACAAAUGAUAAAAAUAAAUUUCAAACUAGGCAAUUACAAAGAAAUGAUGACUAGGUAUAAGCAAUUACUUACCUACAUCAAAAGUGCAGUUACAAGAAAUCACUCAGAAAAAUCAAUUAAUUCUAUUUUAGAUUAUAUUAGUACAUCAAAAAAUAUGGAACUACUGCAAGAUUUCUAUGAAACUACAUUAGAUGCUUUAAAAGAUGCCAAAAAUGAUAGACUGUGGUUUAAAACUAAUACAAAGUUGGGGAAGUUAUAUUUUGACCGAUCAGAUUUUAACAAAUUAGCUAAAAUUUUAAAACAACUGCAUCAAAGUUGUCAAACUGACGAUGGAGAAGAUGAUUUAAAAAAGGGUACUCAACUAUUAGAAAUUUAUGCUUUAGAAAUACAGAUGUACACUGCACAAAAGAACAAUAAAAAACUUAAGACCCUCUAUGAGCAAAGUUUGCAUAUUAAAAGUGCAAUUCCACAUCCUCUCAUUAUGGGCGUUAUUAGGGAAUGUGGGGGUAAAAUGCACUUGAGAGAAGGAGAAUUUGAAAGGGCACAUACUGACUUUUUUGAAGCAUUUAAAAACUAUGAUGAAUCAGGUUCUCCACGGCGAACUACGUGCUUAAAAUACUUGGUUCUUGCGAACAUGUUAAUGAAAUCAGGUAUUAAUCCUUUUGAUUCUCAAGAAGCCAAACCUUACAAAAAUGAUCCUGAAAUUUUGGCAAUGACUAAUCUUGUAGUUAGUUAUCAAAAUAAUGAUAUCAAUCAGUUUGAAUUAAUUUUGAAACAAAAUAGAAACAAUAUUAUGGAUGAUCCUUUUAUCAGAGAACACAUUGAAGAUUUACUUCGUAACAUAAGAACACAGGUCCUCAUAAAAUUAAUAAAACCUUAUACAAGAAUUCAUAUUCCAUUCAUAAGCAAAGAACUUAAUAUUGAUGUUACGGAAGUUGAAAGUUUACUGGCUUCAUGUAUCUUAGAUAACACGAUCCGUGGGCGUAUUGACCAGGUAAACCAAGUUCUGGAACUUGAUAGAAAAUCUGUCUGUGCUGCUCGGUACAACGCCUUAGAUAAGUGGACAACUCAACUUGAAUCAUUGCAUUUGGCUAUUUUGAAUAAAAUGUCGUAAAUUUAAAUACUUGAACAGCAACUAAUAACAUCAUAUAUCUGUUAUAAAAUAAACUGUAAUAUUUGAUGCCAGACUUUUUUUAGCCAACGUUAUCAAAUUAUUUUAUUUGUGUUACAAUUUGUUAACUAUUUCUUUUGAAGAUUCAAAUUUUCAAUCUUACUUUU